CACUCCUCCACUCUUCACUCUCAGUUCUCACUUCAAUCCCUCUUCUCAAGUGAGCACAAAAAGACUGCGAAAGCAUAAAUUCAAGAAUUGAAAAUGCCUUCGCAGUGCUUUCCUCUGGUCUCCAAAUGCACAAUUUUCCCAGCCCAUAAAUCCAAUUUGGGUGUCCUUAGACUUUCUGUUUCGGACCUCCCCAUGCUAUCUUGUCACUACAUUCAGAAAGGGGCUUUGUUUACCCGCCCACCAUUUCCCAUUUAUCAACUCGUUGCUCUACUCAAAACCAGUCUCUCACAGACAUUGACACAUUUUCCGCCACUUGCGGGUCGACUCACCACCGAUUCGGAGGGAUAUGUUUACAUUACCUGCAAUGAUGCUGGAGUGGAUUUUAUCCACGCCAAUGGGUCAAAUAUUUAUGUAAGGGACGUUCUGGGCUCCAUUGAUGUGCCUCAAGAAGUUAAGGGGUUCUUUGCUUUUGAUCAAAAGGUGAGUUAUGAAGGCCAUUUCAGCCCUAUUCUUGCCGUUCAGGUCACGGAAUUGGCUGACGGAGUUUUCAUUGGUUGCGCCGUGAAUCACGCUAUUACAGAUGGGACCUCCUUCUGGAAUUUCUUUAACACUUUUGCUGAGAUAAGUAGAGGUGUCAAGAGGAUUUCAAGGACGUCGGAUUUCUGUCGUGACUCGGUUUUUAUUUCUCCUGCAGUGUUGAAACUCCCCGCCGGCGGACCUAAGGUUAGUUUCUCCGUCGACGCUCCGUUGAGGGAGAGAAUUUUCAGUUUUAGCAGAGAAUCAAUUCAGAAGCUGAAAUCCAAAACCAACAAUCAGAAAUGGGAAUUAAAUAUUAUCGAAUUGAUGGGCAAACAGAGGAAUGACCCGUUGAAAUUUCCCGACGGGAAGUUGACGCCGAUAACUUGGUUCAGAAACGCCAUUUCCAGGGAAUCAAAUUAUUCAUCAGAUCAAACGGCCGAGAUUUCAUCGUUUCAAUCACUAUGUGCUCUCUUAUGGCGCGGCAUCACGCGUGCCAGAAAUUUACCAGCUUCCAAAAGGACAACGUUCCGGAUGGCAGUGAAUUGCCGUCACCGACUGGAGCCGAAGCUGGAGCCUCUAUAUUUCGGCAACGCGAUUCAGAGCAUUCCAACAUUCGCAACUGCCGGUGAUGUUUUGGCUAAAGAUCUACGGUGGUGUGCCGAGCAAUUAAACAAAAAUGUGCUAGCGCACGAUAACGCUACCGUACGAAAGUACAUAAGUGACUGGGAGCAAGACCCAAGGUGUUUCCCAUUGGGAAAUUUUGAUGGCGCGAUGAUCACAAUGGGUAGCUCUCCCCGAUUUCCAAUGUACGAUAAUGAUUUUGGAUGGGGUCGACCUAUGGCGGUUCGGAGUGGUCGGGCCAACAAAUUUGAUGGCAAGAUUUCUGCAUUUCCGGGACGUAAUGGUGGUGGAAGUGUUGAUCUAGAGGUGGUUUUGGCGCCAGACACCAUGGCAUCGUUGGAAUCUGACUCAGAGUUCAUGGAAUUUGUUUCGGGUUAUUAGAUAAAUUAACGAGUAAUCCUUACUGGAAUUACAAUCUCAGUCUACGUAGCGUUAAUGUGGUAUUAAAUGAUUGGUAAAAUUAAAUUAAUCAUUUAAUUUUACCUUUCAUUCAAACUAUCAUCUAAGUCCACCUGGAUUAGGAUUGUAACUCUAGUGGGACUACAUGCCAUUAUUCUAAAUUAAUUAUCUCAUUAUCAUAUAUUUUCAAAUGUAUUUUUUAUUAUUUAAUAAUGCUAUUUAUGUAGGAUCUUGACAAUCAUGAAUAAUGGGUUCAUCGUGAUAAUGUCACAU